GUAGCGCCGCUCUCGGUCGCGCAGACUGGAGCGUGGGACGGUGGGUCGCGGGCUCUCGCCGCCGGCCAUCGUUCAGCCCCGCGCCGCCGCCGCCGCCGCCGCCGUCCGCCCCUCAGCCUCAGCCAUGGACUUCGAGGACGAUUACACACACUCUGCUUGCAGGAAUACUUAUCAGGGCUUUAAUGGAAUGGAUCGUGAUUAUGGUCCUGGAUCUUAUGGAGGGAUGGACCGUGACUAUGGCCAUGGAUCGUAUGGGGGUCAGAGAUCCAUGGAUUCCUACCUAAACCAGUCAUAUGGCAUGGACAAUCACAGUGGUGGUGGUGGGGGUAGCAGGUUUGGACCUUAUGAGUCUUACGACUCCAGGUCUUCUCUGGGUGGGCGAGAUCUGUACAGAUCUGGCUAUGGUUUUAAUGAACCCGAACAAAGCCGCUUCGGAGGUAGUUAUGGUGGUCGAUUUGAGAGCUCCUACCGGAAUAGCCUUGACUCUUUCGGAGGUAGAAACCAGGGCGGGUCUAGCUGGGAAGCACCUUACUCCCGUUCAAAAUUGAGGCCUGGGUUUAUGGAGGACAGAGGAAGAGAGAAUUACUCUUCCUACAGCAGUUUUUCUUCACCCCAUAUGAAGCCUGCACCUGUAGGCUCUCGGGGGAGAGGAACCCCUGCUUAUCCUGAAAGUACGUUUGGAAGCAGAAACUAUGAUGCUUUUGGAGGACCAUCAACAGGCAGAGGCCGAGGCCGAGGACAUAUGGGUGACUUUGGAAGCAUUCAUAGACCUGGCAUUGUUGUUGACUAUCAAAACAAGCCCACCAAUGUGACAGUUGCUACUGCAAGAGGAAUAAAGAGAAAAAUGGUACAACCAUUUAAUAAGCCUGGUGGAGCCUUUAUCAAGAAACCUAAGUUAGCAAAACCUAUGGAGAAGAUGAGCCUCAGCAAAUCACCUACAAAAGCUGACCCUAAAAAUGAAGAAGAAGAAAAGCGACGAAUUGAGGCCCGACGAGAGAAACAAAGGCGUAGAAGAGAAAAAAACAGUGAGAAAUAUGGUGAUGGAUACAGAAUGGCAUUUACAUGUUCAUUUUGUAAAUUUCGAACCUUUGAAGAAAAAGAUAUUGAGCUGCAUCUGGAAAGUUCAUCACACAAGGAGACAUUAGAUCAUAUUCAGAAACAAACCAAAUUUGAUAAAAUAGUUAUGGACUUUUUGCAUGAGUGUAUGGUGAAUAAAUUCAAGAAAACAUCUAUUCGUAAGCAACAGACAAAUAAUCAAACAGAAGUUGUUAAGAUAAUAGAAAAAGAUGUCAUGGAAGGUGUUACAGCAGAUGAUCACAUGAUGAAAGUAGAGACUGUUCACUGCAGUGCCUGCAGCGUGUAUAUCCCUGCAUUACAUAGUUCAGUUCAGCAGCACCUCAAAUCUCCUGAUCACAUCAAGGGGAAGCAGGCUUAUAAGGAGCAGAUAAAAAGAGAGAGUGUCUUAACUGCAACAAGCAUUUUAAAUAAUCCAAUAUUGAAGUCACGAUAUGAACGUUUCGUUAAGGGUGAAAAUCCUUUUGAAAUUCAAGAUCAGUCUCAGGAUCAGCAAAUAGAAGGUGAUGAAGAGGAUGAAGAAAAGAUUGAUGAACCUAUUGAAGAAGAGGAAGAUGAGGAGGAAGCUGGGGAAGCAGAAGGUGUGGAAGAAGCGGAGGAAGCAGGAGAAGCUGAAGGAGCAGAAGGAGAGGGGGAUGCAGAGGGAAGGGAGGAGGGUGGGGCUGAGGGGGGAGAGGGUCCAGAGGGGGAAGUAGAAGGAGCAGGGGAAGCAGAACUGGACGAAGCAGCAGCAAAGGAGCCUGUUGAUUUUCCGGUUGAGCAACCAGAAGAAAAUUAAAUAUAAGGAAUUAGAUUUAAACAGAGCUUUAAAUUUCUGUCCUAAUGUGGAAAGGGUAAGAAUUUUAAUAGCUUCAAGUAUGAAUUAACACUCAAGUUGCAUGCAUUCCACAUAUUAAAAUUUGUUUUAUAUUCUUUCUAAAUGUUUGGCACUUGUCUAAUAAAAUGAAGGUUAGAUUAUUUAGUUUAGUUUUUAUAGCUACCAAACUUAGAUCCCGUAAAUUGUUUGUAUAAUUUUUAUGCUUAAUUUUUAUUACCUUAUAGGUGUUAUGGAUAAUAGAUAGGUAUUGUUAGUAUAUCUGUUCUAAUCAUUUGAAUUUAAAUGCUGCUCUUGGGAGUUUUUAAGUAUAUACUACAUUUAAAAAAGAAUACUUACCCUAGAAGAGAUUAAAUUGGGCAAGUAUUUUGUGCUCUGUGUAUUUUUUUUUUACUGCAUUGGAUGGUGCGUAGUACUUUGCAUUAAGAUAGCUUACAGGCAUUUUGUGUACCCAGUUCCCUUUGUAGCAAUAAAAUGUUUAUUUUAUUUUAUUUUUUUUAAACUAUUCUGGGAUUAGCAGUUUAAAUGAAACAGUUAAUCAAUUAAAUGAGUAUAUAAAAUCAAUAUUUGCCUUAAUGUAUGAGUUUAGCUCACAAGUACUUCAAGCUGAUUGAGAAGACUUGAAUUAAUUUUUUUCCCUGAAUCAUAUUUUUAAGAAGUGUGACUAAAAUAUAUUUUAAACACAUACCAAAGGCCAGUCUGUAACUGACCUUGUUUAUACUUGUUUCAUUUGUUCCUUUUCUCUGUGCCUGUGUCAAAUCUUGAAAUCUUCCUGAAAAUACAUUUGAAUACAAAUAAGUU